AUGUUAGAGAUGUGUCUUCAGUAUACAGUGACGACUCAUGCGAGACGUGUCCUGGGAAGGAUGAAGCUCCUUAUUCUUUGUGUAAUGGUCCACGGUUUGCUGGCGGAAGGUCCGGGACAAGUCCUGUCGAUCGGCCGGUGGAAGGAGCAAGUCGUCGCGCCGGAGUUUCUGCUGGACGAUCGCGAGGACAUCGCGAGCAAUCGGAAUGCUUUCUUCUACGAGGACAAGCGCAGCUUCCGUCCCGAGGGACUCGGCGAGCAGAUUAAACGGAUUGCCGGCGCCGAGGACGUCGGUCUACAGCCGCGUCUUGUAACGAGAUCCCUGCAAUGCACCUGCGAGACGCAGUACGAGAUAAGGGACCUGGGCGAGGGACAUUAUCCUAGGUAUCUAACCGCAUCGCACUGCAAACCGAAAGCCUGCCAGAGCAAGUUCAAUCCCUGUCGACUGCUUCACUACAUGGUUCACAUAUUGAGUCAACGCGAUUUGAACGGAUUAAACGAUGACCAUUACUCGGAUGAUAGCGCGCUUCCGGAAACGCCGCUUCCGGAAACUCUCCGUCACAAGUGGCAACUGAAGCCGAUGAAGAUCCCGGUCGCGUGUGUGUCGGCGACAGGAUAGAAGAGACUAAUAUACGUAGCCACUUGGAUGUGCCAGAUCGAGGACAUAGGAUCUAGCAGUCUUCAUCGAUCGCAUUUUUUUUUUUUUUGUUUGUUUUGGGACGAUAAGUAUCUGACGAAUAAAUACGUACGACAUAUUGAAUUUUACGCUUCCGCUUGCAAUACAUAUGGCAAAAUGUGAAAUAUAAAAUUGAUGAAUAAAUAACUAAAUUUU